GAUUUAUAUUUUAAGAGACCGCUACACAAAUGUUAUACCGAAAAUGACAUGUGGUUAUAUUGGACUUGUCUUUCGAUUUCUCCCGAAAUUUCAACUAAGGGUGUGGUGCUUUUUAUUAUUAUCAGAAAAUUGAGACGUGAUGUGAGGACCAGCAAUAUAAUUUUCCUUCUGCAAGUUGUGGUUGUGGAUGUGUGUUACUUGCUAAUAUGUUCACACAUUUUCUGUCCUUUUCUGCUUGCUUCUAACAAGGAUCCUCUUUCUCUUUUGCAUUCAAUUUAUCCCAUUUUUAUAUUGUUACAACAGUCUCUUAUUUAUGUAUUAUGUAUUAACUACCAAAUAGCGCCAAAUAAAUGUCAGUGACCGAUUCCAUAUUUAAGAAAUUGUGCUUCCAAAGUCCACCAAAAUACGCAAGUGUUUUUUCGGGUUUUGUUGUGGUCUUUUGACCUCAAAACAAUGAAGGCAAGGAGAGGAAAACGCUCUGAGGCAUUCUGGCCUUCCAUUGUGAUGAAAAAAUGGCUAAACAUCAAGCCUAUGGUGAAUGAUUUUAGUGAAGAUGAAGUGGACACCGAAACUGAGAGUGAAGAUGAUGCAUGCUCUCUUAAAGGCUCAAGAAUGCGUGUGCGUGAAGAUAAUCCACUUAGAACACAAGGGGUUCAAUCCAUUUUCGCAAGUCAGAUAUCAGAUGCAUCUUAUAAGGGCCCCAAUAUAAGACACAGAAGAGGAAAAUCCGAAACUCUGCGUGCUCAGUACAUAAACACGAAGGAAGUGAGGGUAACAAUUGGCACUUGGAAUGUUGCUGGAAGACUUCCACAUCAGGAUCUUGAGAUUGAUGACUGGCUUUGUACUGAAGAACCAGCUGAUAUUUACAUUCUUGGCUUCCAGGAGGUAGUUCCACUGAAUGCUGGAAAUGUACUAGGAGCAGAGGAUAACACACCUAUAGCAAAAUGGGAGGCAAUCAUUAGAAGAUCUCUAAACAAAUCUUCUGAGCCUGAUGAUAGUAAACACAAAAGCUACAGUGCUCCUCCUUCCCCAGUGUUAAGAACUUCUUCUGCUGCUGAUGUUCUAGCAGACACUAUAGAUGUUGCAAAUCCAAUAGAUAUAAUGAAUGAAGAGUAUGUAGGAACAAUUGAAAAUAAUGAUCUGGACCAGCAGGAAGUGAAAAACAUAAUUGAUAUUGAGAAUAACAUACAGUUGAGGAGAAUAUAUGGCAUUGAUCUUGACUGGCCUGAACGUUCAUUAGAUGUAGUGCCUCAAAUUAUAGAUUCCAAUUCAAAGUUAAGGAGAGUACUAAGCAGCUCAGCCAGGAUUGGCUUUAACUGGCCUGAGAAUACUUCGAUAUAUGGCGGUGGAUUGAAACGUUCACAUCACAGUUCUGGAAAUUUAGGUUUGUUAUGGGAAGAACAGCAAGUGAUACCUGAAGUAGUUGAUUCAUUAGCUGAUGUCUCUGAUGUGUUAACAACUGAGGAUGAUGAUACUUUUAUUGACUUACCUUGUAACCAAGAUGACAAUGAAUCAGUAACUAACAUGAAAUCACGUCCAAGGUAUGUCCGGAUUGUCAGCAAGCAGAUGGUGGGGAUAUAUGUAUCAGUUUGGGUGCAAAGGAGAAUGAGAAGACACAUUAAUUAUUUGAAAGUUUCCCCUGUUGGAGUUGGUCUUAUGGGCUACAUGGGAAACAAGGGUUCAGUUUCAGUUAGUAUGUCUCUCUUUCAGUCACGUCUAUGCUUUGUUUGUUCCCAUCUAACUUCUGGUCAGAAGGAUGGGGCUGAACAUAGGCGAAACUCUGAUGUUCAUGAAAUUCUAAAACGCACUUGCUUCUCAUCUGUCUUUGAUAAAGAUCAACCGCAAAAUAUCCCAUCACACGAUCAGAUUUUCUGGUUCGGGGAUUUGAAUUAUCGUAUCAGUAUGUUAGAUGCUGAGGUUAGAAAAUUGGUGGCUCUUAAGAAGUGGGAUGAACUGAUGAAUAAUGAUCAGCUAAGCAAAGAAUUGCGUACUGGGCAUGUGUUUGAUGGAUGGAGAGAGGGGUUGAUAAACUUCCCACCCACUUACAAGUAUGAAAUUAACACUGAUAGAUAUGUAGGUGAGAGCACAAAAGAAGGGGAAAAGAAGAGAUCUCCAGCCUGGUGUGAUCGUAUAUUGUGGCUAGGAAAAGGAAUAAAGCAACUACAAUAUGGACGUGCAGAAAUUAAGCUCUCAGAUCAUCGACCAGUUAGUUCAACCUUCUUGGUUGAAGUUGAAGUAUUUAACCAUCGGAAGCUAAAAAGAGCUCUAAAUGUCACUAGUGCAGUAGUACACCCAGAGAUCUUCCUGGAUGAAGAUGGAGAAAUAUAAUCAUAUUAAAUACUGGUUGUUAAAGGUAAAAGAUUGACAUGAAAUUCAAGGAGUACUCUUCUCAACUUAGCGCUGAGCGAAGCCUCCUUUGAGAUUAAUUGGGAUAUGAAGCACUUUAUCUAAGUUACAUAGAAAGCCAUUGAGUUGAGAUAGUUAAAACAGGAAACUGUAUAUAGUCAUACAAAAGAAAGAUUAUUGGGCCCUUUUUUGCCAUCCUUACUCUCUAGUGAUAACCAUUAUUAGAUUUUGGCCUUAUCAAUGAGUCUCAUUUGUUUUAUCUUUGGACAAUAAACAUUGGGGGUGGGUCGUUUUUCUGUAACAGUAGACAAGUUCUAUGUAAACAAAUAUUGAUUUGAACAAUGAACUUCGAACUAUUAAU